AGAAACACAAAAUCUAGGCUCCCACCAGGUCCUCCAAGUUAUCCUUUAAUAGGAAACAUAUUGCAACUUGGUCCUUCAAAACUUCACCAAUCACUUGCUAAACUUUCCAAAACAUAUGGACCAAUUAUGUCGGUUAAAAUUGGCACUAUUAAAACUGUGGUAAUUUCCUCUCCAAAAAUAGCCAAAGAAGCACUUCAUAAAAAUGACCAAGCUUUAUCUAAUAGAUUGGUACCAGAAUCUGUCCAAGCACUUUCACAUGAUAAAUAUUCCAUAAUUUUCAUGCCUAUUUCACCAAAAUGGAAGACUCUUAGAAAAAUUUGUGCCACUAAGAUAUUCUCUUCUCAACAACUUGAUUCUACUCAAGCACUUCGUUUAAAAAAAUUGAAAGAAUUAGUUGUUUACUUGCACGAAAAUUGUAGAAAAGGUAAAGCAAUUGAUAUUGGUGAGGUUGCAUUUACUAUAUCACUUAACUCAAUAUCAAGCACACUUUUCUCCAUUGACUUGGCAAGUUUUACUUCUAAUUCUUCUCAAAAGUUUAGAGAUGUUAUUUCAUCUAUGUUGAUCGAUGCUUCGAAGCCAAAUAUCGCAGACUAUUAUCCUGUUUUGCGUAGAAUUGAUCCGCAGGGAGCACAACGAAGGAUGAAAAACUAUUACCAGAAAUUGCUUACACUUUUUGAGUCUAUCAUAAAAGAUAGAAGUAAUCGAAUGAAAGAUUUUACGAUGGAAGGAAGUGAUGUGUUAGACUCAAUUCUCGAUAUCAUACAAAAAGAAAAUCCUGAAUUGACACUACAUGAGGUGUUACAUCUAUUUCUGGACUUAUUUGUGGCUGGUACAGACACAACAUCAGCCACGGUUGAAUGGGCAAUGACAGAGUUGCUACAAAACCCAAAUAAAUUGACGAAACUAAGAAAUGAACUUCAACAAGUUAUCAACAAAGAUGAAGAUCCAAAAGACUUAGAUAUCAAUAAGCUUCCUUACCUACAAGCAGUUGUAAAAGAAACCCUAAGGUUGCAUCCACCGGCCCCGAUAUUAGUCCACAAAUCAAUUUCAGAUGUUGACUUAUGUGGCUUCAGAGUACCAAAAGAUACACAAGUUCUUGUGAAUGUGUGGAGCAUGGGAAGAGACUCGAGUAUUUGGACGGAUCCAAAUGUGUUUCUACCUGAAAGAUUUUUAGAAUGUGGAGAGGUUUUUAGAGGAGAAGAUUUCGGGUUCAUUCCAUUUGGAGCUGGUAGGAGAAUGUGUCCAGGUGUUCCAUUUGCGCAUAGGGUUGUGCAUACCAUGCUGGCCACUUUGCUUUACCAUUUUGAUUGGAAGCUACCUGAUGGGGAAAAGAUUGAAGAUAUGGACAUGACUGAAAAAUUUGGGAUUACUUUGCACAAAGUCAAGCCUCUUAUGGCUAUUCCGGUCAAAACCAUGAACAAAUAGAAAUAGUUACACAAUUUUAUGGACAUGCACUCACGGUUUAAAAAUAUUUUACACAAUCAAAUAUAAUCAUAUUG